UGGAGAAAGUCCUGCACCCCUCCCACUUUGGAGGAAGUCCUGCACCCCCCCACUUUGGAGAAAGUCCUGCACCCCUCCCACUUUGGAGAAAGUCCUGCACCCCUCCCACUUUGGAGGAAGUCCUGCACCCCCCCACUUUGGAGAAAGUCCUGCACCCCUCCCACUUUGGAGGAAGUCCUGCACCCCUCCCACUUUGGAGGAAGUCCUGCACCCCCCCACUUUGGAGGAAGUCCUGCACCCCCCAGCCACUUCGGGGAGUGGCCGGGGCGUCGCCAGCAGGACUUCCUCCAGGCGGCGCUUGGCGAGCCCCACUUAACUAAGGGAACGGCCCCACCCGCCCGCUGUCCGUGGGCCGCUAUCGACCACCGCGGACCUGCUCCUGCCCCCAGGCAAGGGACGGGUGCGCUGGGGUCCUGACCCCGUGGCCGCGGGCGAGGCAGGGCGGAACCGAAGCAGAGCGGGCAAGGGCUGCGGUACCUAACAGGUAUGGGCCGGUGCAAGCGGUGAGGUCGGGAAGUGGGAACCACAGAGAAAGAAACGGACACGGCGACAGAUACGAGGGACAGAGGGCCCGGAGCUAUGGCAGCCCCAGCGACCCCAGGAGCCCAGGUCCCACCCGCCCCAGUAGCGCUUGGUGACCUCUCGGGGGAAGGGAGCCGGGGACUUCCUGACACCCGGUCGGAGCCCAAGCAGCUUCCGGAGCUGAUCCGCAUAAAGCGAGAUGGAGGCCGCCUGAGCGAGGCGGACAUCAGAGGCUUCGUGGACGCUGUGGUCAACGGGCGCGCGCAGGGCGCACAGAUCGGGGCCAUGCUCAUGGCCAUCCGACUUCAGGGCAUGGAUCUGGAGGAGACCUCGGCACUGACGCAGGCACUGGCCGAGUCUGGACAGCAGCUGGAGUGGCCAAAGGCCUGGCACCGGCAGCUGGUGGACAAACAUUCCACAGGGGGUGUGGGGGACAAGGUCAGCCUAGUCCUGGCUCCUGCCCUGGCUGCAUGCGGCUGCAAGGUGCCCAUGAUCAGUGGACGUGGCCUGGCACACACAGGGGGCACCUUGGAUAAGCUGGAGUCUGUCCCUGGAUUCAACGUCAUCCAGAGCCCAGAGCAGAUGCAGGUGCUGCUGGAGCAAGUGGGCUGCUGUAUCGUGGGGCAGAGUAAGAAGCUGGUUCCUGGGGAUGGAAUCCUGUAUGCAGCCAGAGAUGUGACAGCCACCGUGGACAGCCUGCCACUCAUCACAGCCUCCAUCCUCAGUAAGAAGGUCGUGGAGGGACUGUCCGCUCUGGUGGUGGACGUUAAGUUCGGAGAGGCUGCCGUCUUCCCCAACCAGGAGCAGGCCCGGGAGCUGGCGAGAGCGCUGGUUGGCGUGGGCGCGGGCCUGGGGCUUCGGGUGGCCGCAGCCCUGACGGCCAUGGACAAGCCCCUGGGCCACAACGUGGGCCACACCUUAGAGGUGGAGGAGGCGCUGCUGUGCAUGGAUGGUGCAGGGCCGUCGGACCUCCGGGACCUGGUCACCAAGCUCGGGGGCGCCCUGCUGUGGCUGAACGGACAGGCCGAGACCCAGGCCGAGGGCGCCGCGCGGGUGGCCGCAGCGCUGGACGACGGCUCGGCCCGGGGCCGCUUCGAGCAGAUGCUUGCGGGGCAGGGCGUAGACCCGGGCCUGGCGCGAGCGCUGUGCUCCGGGAGCCCCGCGCAGCGCCGGCAGCUGCUGCCCCGCGCCCAGGAGCAAGAGGAACUGCUUUCACCUGCGGACGGCACGGUGGAGCUGAUCCAUGCGAUGCCGCUGGCUCUCGUGCUGCACGAGCUCGGAGCGGGACGCAGCCGCGCGGGGGAUCCGCUCCGCCUGGGGGUGGGCGCCGAGCUGCUGGUCGACGUGGGCCAGAGGCUGCGCCGCGGGACGCCCUGGCUCCGCGUUCACCGGGACGGCCCCCCGCUCAGCGGACCGCAGCGCCUGGCCCUGCAGGAGGCGCUCGUGCUCUCAGACCGUGCGCCCUUCGCCGCCCCCUCGCCCUACGCCGAGCUCGUCCUGCCGCCGACCGGCGCGCAGCAAUAAAGCUCUACAGCCGC